GCUAUCUAAAUACUAAUGGAAAUUGUCUUGUUUCCCAUUAUAGUUCGUCUUCAAUCAGAUAGUAAUGAUAAUGACGACAUCGAACAAAUCGAUGAAGAUAUAGCUGUGACUCAGAGUCAGAUGAACUUCAUUUGUCCCAUUACACAGGUGGAAAUGAAGAAGCCAGUUCGAAACAAAGUCUGUGGACAUUCCUAUGAAGAGGAUGCCAUUCUAAAAUUCAUCCAGACUCGAAAGCAGCAGAAGAAGAAAGUCUGCUGCCCUAAAAUUGGCUGUAGCCAUGAUGAUGUAAAAGGAUCAGAUCUCGUGCCAGAUGAAGCACUUAAAAGAGCGAUUGACAGUCAGAAUAAACAAAGCUGGUCAAUGCUGUAGAAAUCGGCUGGAAGUGCCGCUGCCACAAAGAAAAUUUGUUAUUAGAGGUCUCCUGAGAUAAGCUGCUGAUUGUAAGCAGGUUGUGUAACGGAUUGUUAUUUAAAGUGUUUCAUUUAUAGGCAAAGUUGAAGGUCUCCGCUGUAACUGAAAAUACUUUUUCAGCCGCCAAAUAUGAGGAAUUCUUGUUGUUUUUUUUUUCUAUUUCUUGAAAUUCUAAAUGUUGCGUUUGUUAAAUAAAAUGUGGCUUUCAGCCUUU